ACCCAGAUUUCUCUUCACAAAAGGAUCAGUGCCUCAAUGGAACCCCUCCCCUAUGAAUGUAUUUUGCUUGCCAAAUGAAGGCUCCUUCAGCCUGCCAUUCAGGGGCCCUUAGGGGUGACUCCAGGUGAGCCAUCCAACUUUGUUAUCCUUGCCAUCCACUCAUCGCCACCUCCACCUGGCUCUGAGGCUGCAGAAGGACUGAGAGAUGAAACUGAGUCUGUCCUGGCAUUCAGAUGGGCACUGAGAACUGUUAUGUCUAUAGUUGUACAGCUGUAUAGUUGUAAGGCAAGCCCUGGUGCCAAAUUCAGAAAGUACAAAAGUGUACUCAGAAAAAAGCAAGCCUGAAGACAAGCUUGUUUGCUCUUUCUUUGCAAAUGCCUAAGUAUUCAGAAAGAACUAUUGGUCAAUUCAGUUUUGAAUGAGGAAGUGUUUGUGGUAGGAUGUGCAGUGAAAGAUACCAGGAUACAGAAUUGUUUCAAUUGCCAGCUCCCAAAGCUUCCACCCUGUUGUGACAUUGGGCAGGCAUUUACUCUCUCAGCCUCAGUCCCUUUAUCUGUAGAGCCAGCCUGACACAGGAGCACCUGCCACAGAGUGUAGUGAUCAGACUUAGAUAACUGUGUCCACUUAUACUUCCUAGCACACUACCUUGGUGCUCAGUAAGUGUUAGCUGCUGUUAUCAGUUUGUUAAAAAAAAAAAUUUUUUUUCCAUUUUAUGUGCAUUCAAAAAAAAAACUGGAAAGAAAUACACCAAAAUGUGAACAGUGAAAGAUCCUGAAUGGUGGGGAAAUGGUGACAUUUCUUUCUUUAUCCUUUUUUAUUUUCCAAGUCUUCUACAAUGAAUAGGUACAAUGAAUUUUUCCUUUUCUACUUAGAAAAAGAACAACAUACUUCAUUUUUUACAGGGGAAUACUCAGAACCCAUUUCCCAGAGGUUUGAGCUAGCUGGGUCCUGGUGCUUUCCUGUACUAACCACUGUUACUGUACUAGCAGUGACCCCUGCCAACAGCACCUCCCUCCUUACCCUCGAUGAUGUCUUUGUUUGCCCACAGGAGAGUCCAAGGGAUGGCUGCUGACAUGCAGAGGAAGAGGAGCAGCGAAUGCCCCGAUGGCACCCUGGCUCCUUCUGAUGGGCAGAGUAUGGAGAGAGCUGAGAGCCCCACACCAGGACUGGCUCAGGGAAUGGAGCCAGGUGCUGGGCAGGAGGGUGCCAUGUUCGUCCAUGCCCGUUCCUAUGAGGACCUGACUGAAUCGGAGGAUGGGGCAGCUUCUGGGGACAGCCCCAAGGAGGGUGUUGGGGGUCCUCCACCACUGCCUGCAGACAUGCGACAGAUCAGCCAGGACUUCAGCGAGCUGAGCACCCAACUGACGGGUGUGGCCCGAGACCUGCAGGAGGAGAUGCUGCCAGGAAGCUCUGAGGACUGGCCAGAGCCUUCAGGGGCAGCUGGGCGGCCAGCCACAGAACCCCCCAGGGAGGGCACAGGCGAGGGGGAUGAGGAGGAGGCUGCUGAGGCAUGGCGACUGCACCAGAAGCACGUCUUUGUGCUGAGCGAGGCGGGGAAGCCUGUGUACUCCCGCUAUGGGUCAGAGGAGGCACUUUCCAGCACCAUGGGUGUCAUGGUGGCCCUGGUGUCCUUCCUGGAGGCAGACAAGAACGCCAUUCGUUCUAUCCACGCAGAUGGCUACAAGGUAGUAUUCGUGCGCCGGAGCCCACUGGUGUUGGUGGCAGUGGCGCGCACGCGGCAAUCGGCGCAGGAACUGGCGCAGGAGCUGCUCUACAUCUACUACCAGAUCCUGAGCCUUCUUACCGGUGCCCAGCUGAGCCACAUCUUCCAGCAGAAGCAGAACUACGACCUGCGGCGCCUGCUCUCGGGCUCGGAGCGCAUCACCGACAACCUGCUGCAGCUCAUGGCGCGAGACCCCAGCUUCCUCAUGGGGGCAGCGCGCUGCUUGCCCCUGGCUGCGGCCGUGCGCGACGCGGUGAGUGCCAGCCUGCAGCAGGCGCGAGCGCGCAGCCUCGUCUUCUCCAUCCUGCUGGCACGCAACCAGCUGGUGGCGCUCGUGCGCCGCAAGGACCAAUUCCUGCACCCUAUCGACCUGCACCUGCUCUUCAAUCUCAUAAGUUCCUCCUCAUCCUUCCGUGAGGGAGAAGCCUGGACGCCUGUGUGCCUACCCAAAUUUAAUGCAGCCGGCUUCUUCCACGCACACAUCUCUUACCUGGAGCCUGACACCGACCUCUGCUUGUUGCUCGUCUCCACCGACCGGGAGGACUUCUUUGCAGUCUCUGACUGCCGCCGCCGCUUUCAGGAGCGCCUGCGGAAGCGUGGAGCCCACCUGGCGCUGCGGGAGGCACUGCGCACGCCCUACUACAGUGUUGCCCAAGUGGGCAUCCCGGACCUGCGCCACUUCCUCUAUAAAUCAAAGAGCUCGGGACUCUUCACCAGCCCUGAGAUUGAGGCCCCGUACACCAGUGAAGAGGAGCAGGAGCGGCUGCUGGGCCUCUACCAAUACCUGCACAGCCGGGCCCACAAUGCCUCCCGCCCACUCAAGACCAUCUACUACACGGGCCCCAAUGAGAACCUCCUGGCCUGGGUGACAGGUGCCUUUGAGCUCUACAUGUGCUACAGCCCCCUGGGGACCAAGGCAUCUGCCGUCAGUGCCAUCCAUAAGCUGAUGCGCUGGAUCCGCAAAGAAGAAGAUCGCCUCUUCAUCCUCACACCCCUCACCUACUGAUGGGAAUGUGUGUGGGUUCAGCCCUCUUAGGCACACUGGGCAAUGGAAGCUAUGGGAGCCUCCACAUGGGCUGGCCUCUCUUGCCCAGGCAGCAAGCAGGCAGGGACUGUGGGUUGGUGCGUGCAUUAAAGUACUCUGGAGAAGACA